AUGCAAUAAGGAUAGAGAUUGAAAGAAGCUACUGAAGGUUAAAUUGUUUAAGCUGGAAACAAGAUCGGAGGACCCUUUAAAAUUGGAAAACCUGUUUACUAAGAAAAGAGAUUGAAAUUGUUUAAUGAAAUAUAUCAACGUCAAAAGGCAGAACUUGAGGCUAAAGAGAAGACCCCAAUUACUAUUACUCUCAAGGAUGGAAAGAAGAUAGAAGGUAAAAAGUGGGUUACCACUCCAUUGAUGAUCGCCUUAGGAAUCAGUAAGAAGUUGGCUGAAAACAUGGUGGCUGCUAAAGUUGUGUACGACAACAUAUUUGAGAAAAAUUUCGUGGAUGUAGAUCAUGAGGAUUAACAACAAUAAGCAUCUACAUUGAAUUUGAAGCCAGAUUACUUGAUUUGGGAUUUGACUAGACCAUUGGAAGGAGAUUGCCAAUUGGAAUUGUUGAGUUUCGAUGAUAAUAAUGGAAAGGAAGUAUUUUGGCAUUCAUCUUCCCACAUUUUGGGAUCAGCCUUGGAAGAAGUAUAUGGAUGUCAUUUGUGCAUUGGUCCAGCAAUUGAUGGUGGAUUCUUUUAUGAUUGCUACAUCGGAGAUUACAAGGUCACUCAAAAUGAUUACGUCAAAAUUGAGAAGGCUGCUUCAGAUUUAGCAGCAUCCAAAUAAGAAUUUCAAAGAGCAGUCUUAACCAAAGAUGAAUGCUUGGAAUUGUUUGGUACUAAUCCAUUCAAGAGACAAUUGAUAACCAAUAAGAUUCCAGAAGGAGCUAUGACUACUGCUUACAAAUGUGGUAAUUUGAUUGACUUAUGUACUGGUCCACAUUUGCCUAAUACUAGCUAUGUUAAGGCAUUUUAAGUGACCAAGAACUCAGCUGCUUAUUGGUUAGGUAAGAACACCAAUGAUGAUUUGUAAAGAGUUUAUGGUGUUUCAUUCCCAAGUAAGAAAUUGUUGGAUGAAUAUGUCAAAAUAUAAAAGGAAUUAGCCUUAAGAGAUCACAGAAAUGUAGGUAAGAAACAGAAUUUGUAUCUGUUCCAUCAAUUGUCUCCUGGAUCAGCUUUCUUCUAUCCAAGUGGUGCUCAUAUUUACAACACUCUAAUGAACUUUUUAAGAAGACAAUACUAUAUCAGAGGCUAUUAAGAAGUUAUUUCACCAAACAUCUUCAAUGCUUAACUCUGGAAGAUAAGUGGGCAUUAUGAUAAGUAUAAGGAAAACUUGUUCUUCAUCAACAUGGGUGAAGAAGGGAGAAUAUGGAUUAAAACCCAUGAAUUGUCCAGGACAUUGUCUUAUGUUUGA